AUGAAACGCCACAGGCAUCUAAGCACCAGUGACAGUUCAGACAAUGAGAGUCCUUCCACUUCCUUUUCUUCUUGUUCUAAAUACAGGAGCAAGUCAAAAACACCAGCAAAUGAACAAAAGAAACCUGCUGAGGUGUUCCGCAAGGAUCUCAUUAGUGCCAUGAAACUACCAGAUUCUCACCAUGUCAACCCUGAUGAAUAUUAUAUCUUUGCGGACACGUGGAAACAAGAAUGGGAGAAAGGGGUUCAAGUUCCAGCCAGUCCAGAAACUAUUCCACAGCCUUCUCUCAGGGUUGUAGCAGAAAAGGUGAAAGAAGUACUGUAUACACGACCUAGGAAAUACAUCCACUGUUCCAGCCAAGAGCCCACAGAACCAGGUUACAUCAACAUUUUGGAACUGGCAGAAUCUGUGUGUCGCUAUGACUUGGAUGACAUGGACAUCUUUUGGCUUCAGGAGCUAAAUGAAGAGCUUACAGAAAUGGGUUGCGGGCCCCUGGAUGAAAACACAAUGGAAAAGACAAUUGAAGUGCUGGAACGGCACUGUCAUGAGAACAUGAAUCACGCUAUUGAGACUGAAGAAGGAUUGGGUAUUGAAUAUGAUGAAGACGUCAUCUGUGAUGUGUGCCGGUCCCCUGACAGUGAAGAUGGGAAUGACAUGGUGUUUUGUGACAAGUGUAAUAUCUGUGUCCAUCAGGCAUGCUAUGGGAUCUUAAAAGUACCCGAAGGGAGCUGGCUGUGUCGCACCUGCGUCCUGGGAAUACAUCCUCAGUGUCUCCUGUGUCCCAAAAGAGGAGGUGCCAUGAAAGCUACUAGGACGGGGACCAAGUGGGCACAUGUGAGCUGUGCUUUAUGGAUUCCAGAGGUUAGUAUUGCUUGCCCAGAAAGGAUGGAGCCAAUCACAAAGGUGUCUCACAUUCCACCAAGUCGAUGGGCUCUAGUGUGUAGUUUAUGCAAACUGAAAACUGGUGCUUGCAUUCAGUGCUCUGUGAAAAGCUGUAUCACUGCCUUUCAUGUCACCUGUGCCUUUGAGCAUAGCUUAGAGAUGAAGACUAUCCUGGAUGACGGGGAUGAGGUCAAGUUCAAGUCAUAUUGUCUAAAGCACAGCAAGAACAAACAAAAUUCGCUGCCUGACAUUGAUGAGCACCCCAAGAGCGUGUCAGACCAGAAGCAAACAGAGAGCGAGAAAACCAGUUUGCGAGCCCAGAAACUCCGAGAGCUGGAAGAAGAGUUUUACUCACUAGUUAAAGUGGAGGAUGUUGCAGCAGAGCUGGGCCUUCCUAAACUUGCUGUAGACUUCAUCUACAAUUACUGGAAAUUAAAGCGAAAAAGUAACUUUAACAAACCAUUGUUUCCUCCCAAGGAGGAUGAAGAAAAUGGCUUGGUGCAGCCAAAGGAAGAUAGCAUUCAUACUCGCAUGAGGAUGUUCAUGCAUUUGAGGCAGGACCUAGAGAGGGUGAGAAAUCUCUGCUAUAUGGUAAGCAGGAGAGAGAAACUGAAGUUGUCUCACAGUAAAGUACAUGAACAGGUCUUCAAUUUGCAGGUCCAGCUCAUUAAUCAGGAAAUUGCUGCAGGCCAUACCCUGACAAGUGCACUAGAGAACACACUGUUCUACCCACCUCCCAGGAUCACCCUGAAGUUAAAAAUGCCCAAAUCAGCACUAGGAGAUUGCAAAAAUAACUCACUGAAGCCUGGCAACAGACCGCUUUCUCCUGACAACAACAGCACUGUUUACAGCAAACGGAGCGUGCCGAUGUCAAAGGAAUCGUUUGAAAUUAAAGCAAAAUCUUACUCCAGGUAUCAGCAUGACAGCAGAAGUAACGGGUUGCUGGCAGGGAUUGGCAAGCCUCGGGGCGAGGGGAAGGAUUCCGGCCCCAUGCAGAUGCCGGAGUUUCACCGGGGCCAGCCGUCCGGGAAGCCCUUAGCACUCCAGGCUGCUUUGCACGGACAGGCUUCCAUUGGGAACGGGCGGGUGCAGCAGGAGAACUCGAGGCUGGCGGCCAAGUCCAACGGUCUGAUGGGCAGGGCUGGAGACGUGAGCCAGAGAGACAGCUCUAGCCAGACGCCCUACGAACAAGAGUCCGUGCUCACGGCUCACUUGGCCAGCCAGAGCGGUUUCAGAAAAUCCACCAUAGAACAUUUUAGUCGGUCCUUUAAAGAGGCUACCAACAGCCUGGUGAGGACCACGGAAGAUCUCCGGUGCUGUGAAAAGCCAACGAGAAGACUUGCAACAAAAGAUCGCUUGUGGAGCAAGCAGACGCUUGAAGGUGCUCCGUACCAGGACAACGACGGGUACUGUCCUGACUUAGAGCUGAGUGACUCUGAAGCAGAAAGUGAUGAAAACAAAGAGCAAGUGAGGCUAAGACGAAGUAGCUCAGAGAGAGAAAGCCCAAGUAAGGACUUUGGAAGAGAUUGUCACAAUAGAAACAAAAAGAAUAUGAUUUCUCACAGUUCGGUACAAAGGUGAUUAGAAGCCCCCACGGGGUAACUCAGCCUUUAUGUAUUCCAGUGUACCAGUGCAAAGCUCAGCAUCAAAAGGUUCCAGAAGAUAGUCCAGGACCUACGUUAGGAAGAGUUGCAGUAGGGGAUGGGGGGAGGGGAGAGAAAUCAGAGCAGUUUUGUUCAACUGUGAAUUGGCUUGCAGUCUUUGCAAGGUCAGCUGCGUUGUUGCAAAGUCAUGUGGAAAUCGAUGUGUUUUAUUAGCGGGUAACAUCUGGGAGAGCACGAAGCGGUUAACCUUUGCGUAAAUUCAGGAAACUGCUUCCCCCUUGCCAGCUUACGCGCGAGGCAACGUGUUCAUGUUAUGUCGAUCUUGUGGUGGUGGACAGGUAUUGAAGAAGUCCUUGCAUUGCUCUGAUGUGUCGCAAGAGACUGCAAACGGAGACACUGAAACUGCAUUCUUACGGCACCUGCAGUAUGGCUUUGAUC